CCCACCGAGUAUUUUCAUGUUGCACGCGAGACCCCAAAACAAUGCGAACCUUUAUCGAUAAUACAAACGCAUACAAAAUCAAAAUGUAUACGGAAUUUUGGUUUCAAAGAUUAAUUUGCACUUAAAAAAAAUCUCUGGCCAAGCAAAAAUUGAUAAUUUUUUUUUAUGCGAAAAGAUCACUCCGCCAAAGGAAGUUUGCGGUUGCCUAGUAACGACACUCCAUUGAUUUGGAAACAGCAGCUCCACAGAAAGGCUGAUGGAGGAGAGCUCCAAUACAAGGGAGGAGGGCGAAGGUCCUGAGCCAUCAGGCGGCGAUGGAGCGGCUGCUGCCCUGUCUUCAGAGGAUUUUAGCGCAGUCCAGCCGGAAGAGCUCGUCCCUCAGUCAGACCCUGAACCCUGUGCAGGUGAACGGCAUGCAGAAGUUCAAGAAAAUGUUUCUCUUGCGCUUCUCUCACCUCACCUGUCGGGUCUUAACACAUCAGAAGACAUGAUGGACUCUGAAUCACCACAGGAGGAGUUUAUCAUCCUCGACUACGAACACCCUCUGAUCAGUAGAUAUGCAGCUGCUCUGAGCAGACAACUCCAAAAUCAGCUGGAGAGAAUCAACUUGACGCUCAAUGAAAAGGUGGCAGCUGAGAAGGAGCAGGACAGCGGCAAAAAUGAAGUCUGCAUUCAGAUGUACAAGAUCCAGGAGCAGCUGGCCCGGGGCCAGAACAGGCUGGAAGCCGGUCACCAGGCGAGGGCCGAGGCUGAAGCCAGACGACUGCAGGCACAAGAUCAGCUUCAAGAGACGGAGAGUAGAUACUCAAAUGUGAGCGGCCUGAACAGUCAGGCCACAGCCAAAGUGUCCAAACUGCAGACAGAGUUAGACAGAGCGAUGCAGGACCUCAUUUUCACUCAAAGAGUCAGCGAGGAGCUGAACUCCAAAGUCAAGACCAUGAACAACGUCAGACACAAAGCAGGAGCCAAGAAGGCUCAUGCAGAAGAAGAGCUGCUGAACCAGGAUUUAUAUAUAGAUCGACUGACAAAGGAGAUGUUCAGACUGACGGAGCGCAACACCAUGCACCAGCUGUACACGGAAGCUCAAGCAGAGGAGACACUGACAGGCAGAGAGGCUCUCUGUGAGGCAGAGGCAGACAUGGAGCUGCUGCUGAUAAAGCACAAGCAGCUGCUGCAGCAGUGGAACAGCAGCCUCAGGACCAUCAUGAGACAGAGCGAGGCCCUCUGCGCCAUGCAGGAGGCAGCGCGUUCGGUCAAGAACGAGGUGAUAGUGAUGAAGAGAGAAAUGGAAGGUUACAAGAAGUCCAACAGUGAAGAGCAGGAGAAGAACGAGAAGCUGACCAUGCAGCUGAACUGGUUUGAAAUAGACUGCACCACUUCUGAGAAACAGAUCAGUCAGAAGCGAGCUCAAAAAGAGGCCAUUCAGGCCCACUACAGCGCCUGCCUGCGCACCCUUGACGAGACCACCCGGACCCUUGACAUCCUCACAAAGGAAAGUCAUCUAUAUGAGAGUGAACUGAGUGAACAGAGGAAGCAGCUGGAGAAGCAGAGCGCUCUCCGUCUGGAGCUGGAGGACAAAGUCACGACUAAAAUGCAGCAGAAGCUCACAAACGACAGAACUGCAAAGCACUACCAGCAGCUCAAUACCAAGAUGACAGCCCUGAAGAAAGAAAAGAUGCAUCAGGUGCAUCUGCUGGAGAAUGAGUUGCUGGCGGUGAGAUUGGAGAGCCAGAACUUGGAGGAACAUCUGACCAGCCUGGCCUUCACCCAGAAGGCUCUCAAUGACAAGAUAGCAGAUUACAACAAGACACUAACUUUAAACCAAGCCAAGCUGUCGUCACUUCUUCAAGACAUCGAGCAAAACUGGGCUGCAGUCAAUCACUGCAACAAGAAGAUAGCUCAGAUCAUGCUCAACACGGAGCGUGAAGAUCUUAGUCCUCUGCAAGUGAAGAUCAAAGACGUCCAGUCUGAGAUUGAGACGAUUGCAGCACACAUCCAGAAGGAACAGCAGCUCUGGAUGAAGCAGCAGAGCACGUUCCUGGAGAUGAUCCAGGAGAACGACGCCAAAGCCAGGGAGAUCCGCAAGCUGCAGACAGAGCAGACGGGCCUGGAGCAGAGGAGGAUUCGCUUACAGAGUCAGGUGAACGUCGCUGAACGAGAGGUGGCAGAGCAGGAGGAGCACCUGAACUCUCUGAGGAGGGACCUCCUGAGCCUCAUCUGCCUGCUGGGCCGAAACCAACACCUCAGCCAGGCCGUGGAGUACGAGAACACUCUGAUGGAGGCCGACUUCAUCCACGCGCUGAGGGAAGCAGAGCGGGAGUCUAUCACCACGCAGACGAUGCUUGAGGAGGCGCAGGAGGAAACCCAAAUGCUGAUCAACAGUCUGCUGGAGGCCGAGCGGCGCAUUUUACUGUGGGAUAAGAAAACCCAGAUUUUAAAAGAGACCCGUACGGCUCUGGAAUUGCUGAUGAAGGAUGACGAAAUCCAAAAGACCAAAGACGACAUCCACCAUCUGGAGCUACGAGCCACCCAGCUGAGGAAGCAGCAAGAGCGUCUGAUAAGAGAAAGUGAGGCCAUCGUAGACAAAAGGGAGAGCAUCGUCCGGCGCAGGGAGGCCGUGGCCCACGCCCCACCCAAACAGAACACCGAAGGCGAGCUCCAGCGCUCCAUCAAAUUCCUGCGCUCCAAGUGCCAGGAAGCACAAAAGCAUCUGGUGGAGUUUGAGCACACGGUCAGAGAGCUGCAGGAGAACCAGGUCAGCCUGACUGACGGACUUGUGCAGGAGAGGCUGCAGCUAUCAGAACUGCUGUCCACCGGCAACAUGCUGGACUCUGAGAUGGUGAACAUCCGGGACACCAAAGACAGGAGCUCGGCUCGCUUAGUUGUUCUGCAGAGUCGGAACAAGAAGCUGCAGCUGGUGUCUGAGGGAACCUACAAAGCUUCAUCCUCCAGCCAAACAGUGGAGGCCGUUCUGCGGGAUCAGAUGGCGGCUGUGCGGGACGUCAGCAGCAUCUUGAGCAACGCGUGUCAGGAGUUCCCACAGCACCAGGAAGCGCUCUGGAAGGUGUCCCGAGUGCUAGCUGUGCAUACAGAAGGAAGUCUUUCUUAGUUUGGACUGAUAAGUAUAAAAAAAAUGAUUCAUUUUUUCUUCUUAAUCAAAGACCAUUUUUUCAAACUUUAGGAAAAAAUAAAAGUUG